AUGAGUUUUCUAUUGUUGGUUUUGUGGGCGGUAUUCAGUAGUACGGAAAGUAGUAAUAGCCUAACUGCGUCGUUCAUAGAUCCAUGUGUCCUGACUGAUUCAAACUGCUUAAGAGCAUCAGCCCAGAAAGCGCUGCCUGUUGUAGCGGCGGGGAUCCCAAGUCUCGGAAUGGAAUCCUUGGACCCCAUGGUAAUGGAGCGGGUUCGAGCAGUGCAGGCAGGACUUAGGAUGGAUUUUAGGAACACCAUCGUUAAAGGGUUAAGGAAGUGUGAAGUUUUAGAUUUAAGGCGUUUCGCGCGCAAGACUGAGAUAGAUUUGAAAUGUUCAGUCGUGCUGAUAGGUGACUACACCCUCGGGGGGCAGCUCCUCAUUCUACCUAUUGAGGGUGAUGGGAAAUAUAAAAUCAAAAUUCGUGAUAUUGUAGUAAAAGUGGUGCUGGAUAUAGGCGAGCGGGAGGCCGGCGGUGAACGAUACUGGACUGUAAGCGGCUUUAGACACAGCGUUGAGGUCUUGGGCGGAGUUCAAUUCCAGUUUCAGAAUCUAUUUAAUGGCAACCGACAAAUGGCUGACCCUGUCCUAGAGUUCGCGAACUCGAACUGGCGGCAGAUCUUCUAUGACGUGGCGCCGCCCAUCGUGCACACGAUCGUCUCCCACAUCGUUGCUGAGACCACCAAGCUCUUCGAGAAGACACCCAUCAGCGAGCUCCGUCGGACCACGCCCUAUUUAAAACUAGUUAAAACUAGAGUUUCUAAAAUGAUACGCGUCGUCUGUCUGUUGUCGCUAGUUCUGACGGCCAACAGCGCGUCAGCUCCCUUCAUCAAGCCGUGCAACGGUGAUGACUCCGCGUGCAUUAUGUCAUCCGCUGUCUCCGCCGUCCCGUUCUUCGUCAGUGGAGUCCCGGAGCUCGGCAUGAAACCCCUGGAUCCUCUCUCACUCCCACUAAUCAAGAGCGACCAGGGCGGGCUCAAGUUGACCUUUAAGGACUCCACGCUGACUGGACUAAAGAACUGCCAUUUGGAAAAUAUUAAACACGAUUCUUCUAAAAUAAAGCAAACCGUCAUAGUUAAAUGUAACCUGGUGCUGACAGGAGAUUACGAUAUCAACGGACAACUACUGAUUUUGACCACGCAAGGGAAUGGCAAAUAUAAAAUAGAUAUACGUGACAUGGUAAUUAAAACUACCGUCGACUUAACAACGGUUACUGGCAAGGACGGAAAGCCUCACUGGCACAUAACAAAAUGGAACAGAUCCUUCAAAGUUCUCACUGGCACAACCUUCGACUUCGAGAAUCUUUUUAAUGGAAACAAAAUUCUUGCUGAGCCAGUGUUAGAAUUCGCAAACACGAACUGGAAAGAUGUGAUGCAGGAAAUAGCACCGCCUGUCGUCGACGCCAUCGUUUCUGAAGUUGUUUUAGCUGUUGAAGCCUUGUACAAAUCUGUACCUCUGGAUGAGUUGCAUACGUAGAAAAAUAGAACAAUUCAUAAAUAAUAAUUUAAAAUGGGUUAAAUAAAUAUGAAAUUUGAAAUCUUUAUUUAUUAAUUUUUAUUUUUGUUUUAAUGCGUUAAAAUUGUUCUAUUUGGGUAUUAUCAAGUUGGAGUAUCAUAUCUACAGUAAGGAUAGUCCAAAAUGUUUAAAUCUAUUUUGAAACCUAUUAUCUAUUUCUCCAAAUAGGUAGCUAUUUUAUAUUAAUAACUAUCAAAUAAAGUUGUUUAAACAUUUCAA